AAUAUUUAAACGGCGUCGAGAAUCCCCUUUCUCUAGGACAAAUCCUUCCAGAUUCUCCUGAUAUAACGAAAGGAAAAUAAGACUCUUUUUUAGUCGAAUAACAUACAUCCACCAUGCCGAUCAAGACUGAGCUCCACGAGUACGCCCACCGCCGCAGCACCACUGGCCCAUAUGCCGACGAUCUCGACGUCGAUGUCUUGAUCGUCGGCGGCGGGUUCGGCGGUGUCUACUGCCUCCACGAGGUCCGUAAACAAGGUCUAAAGGCAGUUAUCUUCGAAGCUGGAAACGAUCUCGGCGGAACCUGGAGAUGGAACUGCUACCCCGGAGCGGGAGUCGAUUCAGAAGUCCCCGAAUACCAGCUCUCGAUCCCAGAAACCUGGAAAGACUGGACUUGGUCAACCAACUACCCGACUUACGAAGAGUUGCGAGCGUACUUCGAUCAUGUUGAUAAGGUGCUGAAUAUCAAGAAAGAUACCGCCUUUGAUAGCGUUGUAGUCGGGGCCCAGUUCGAUACCAAUGAAGGGAAAUGGCACAUCAAGACGGCCGAUGGGAGGGUCGCGAAGGCAAGAUACUUCAUCAUUGCUGCGGGCUUUGCGGCAAAACGCUAUAUCCCAGAAUGGCCUGGAACGAAUACCUUCAAGGGAAUCAUCCAUCACUCGUCCUUCUGGCCGGACGAACAUAUCGACGUUCGAGGCAAGCGCUGUGCGAUUAUAGGCACUGGAGCAUCCGGAGUGCAAAUCACUCAGGCCUGGGGUCCCCAAGCGGGCGAACUAAAGGUCUUCCAGCGCACGCCGAAUCUCGCUGUUCCCAUGAGAAAGCGCGCUCUUACCGUCAAGGAACAGCAGGAUUCAAAGCGCUUCUAUCCCGAGCUUUUCGACUACCGUGAAAAAUGCUUCGGGGGGUUCCUCUAUACAUUCUGCGAAAGGGGCGUGUUUGAAGAUAGCAAAGAGGAGCAGGAAGCAUUCCUCGAGCAACUCUGGAAGGAUGGAGGUUUCCGGUACUGGCUUGCCAAUUACAAGGACUACCUUUACGACCCGAAGGCGAAUCGUGUCGUUUACGAUUUCUGGCUUAAGAAAGUCCGCGAACGUAUCGGUGACCCACAGCAACGUGAGAUUCUGGCUCCUGUCGAACCGCCACAUCCCUGGGGUGUGAAGAGGCCAUGUCUGGAAUACAACUACUAUGAGCAGUUCAACCGACCUAGUGUUGAAGCCGUCAAUAUCAAGAAUAACCCGAUCGUUGGGUUCACCGAAACCGGAAUCAAGCUGCAGGAUGGAUCUCAUUAUGAGUUCGAUGUGAUUUGCAUUGCUACCGGUUUCGAUAUCACUACCGGUGGCAUGACGAGUAUGGGCUUGCAAAGUAUCCAUGGGAAAUCACUGAAAGAUGAGUGGAAGGAAGGUGCUUACACCUAUCUCGGCACCACGGUUAGUGGAUAUCCGAAUAUGUUCCAUCUCUAUGGUCCACAUGGACCUACUUUGCUCAGCAAUGGACCUACUAGCGUGGAGAUUCAGGGCCGUUGGAUCUCCGAUGCUAUCAAGCAGAUGGAGCGCCAGGGAGUUAAAUAUAUUGACCCUCUUCCAGAAGCAGCUCUGAACUGGAAAAAGCGCAUCAAUGAGCUCUCUGAUAUCUCAUUGUUCCCGACGACAAAGUCCACCUAUAUGGGUGGUAGUAUGCCGGAUAAGGUGUUUGAACAGGUCAACUAUGCUGGUGGUGAGUAUGCUUAUUCGCAGGAAAUCCGUCAGGCUCUGCCUCAGUUCAAGGGGUUCAACGUUGUGAAGAAGCAGUAUCUGAAUUGAGGAUUGUUCCUGUCCAAUGGAUAAUUGUUGGAUUCCUAUGGCCUAAACUGAUAUGUAUCUGUCUGUCUGAUCAAUUGAUUUCCCUUCGGACACAUAACACUAGUGUGCUCUAUGCGCAUUGAUCCUAUAUGUUUACGGAGUAUGAAUACCAAGAUUGUCUCAUGACUGAUUCUCUGUAUUGGGCUUGCAUAUGCUCUC